GCCUUGCAAGUACUAUCUCGAAAAACUCAUUUAAUCUCACAGCAGGUCCGAUGAAGUGUAUGUAAACACAAGCGAUGCUAACGCUGAUUACUGCUAGCUCCGCUCAAGACAGUCGCUGGGACUUCUGACAGCGUCCAACUUAUGAGCAUGCAUCAUCGCAGCAUCGCCUGCGACCGUUCCGUCUCCGUGCAUGAGACGCUGCUGUGUCGGGAGAUGACUGAGCCUGACAACAGUCGCCCCGAAAACCUUAACGUGGUUUAUGUGCGACUGGGCAUUCGCGUUACUGUGGGAAAACAGUUUGCGCCAGCAGCGCCGUUGAAGUAACAGCUACAUGUUCCUAGCUAGUGGGUCAGCUAACGCCGAAUGUUCAAUUACCUGCGAGCUGUCUCCUGAGUAACAGCGCUGAUUGAGGCUCUGUCAUACUUUAGUCAAUGUAAUGCAGCUAUUGUGAACAGUAAUAUGUCGCAGUAACAGCGUUAUAGUCUCGUUUACUGCUCAAUCCGCCGUCUCCUCUAUUUUCCGUUGAGCAUUCUCGACAUCCUUCUUCUUCGUCGUGGUCGUCUUCUUCUCCGGCGUUUGCGGCAGUUCUCGGCUGUGGCGGACUAGUCCCUCUUCUUCGUUGGUUCCCUGGCAGAUGAUGCCCUCGCAGAUAGUGUACGUUGCUGCCAUCUAUUGACAAAAUACUUCAAUUUUAAAUAAAUGUGGCUAAUACGGGUGUGCGCGAACCUUGAAUUACUGUAUUUUUUAUUUACAAAUCGACUGUAUAUCCCUUUAUUAGGCAGUAGAGGGGGUGUUACAGCUUCAGUUAUGCAAUAUUCACAGUAAACAAGACACAACAGAUGUGACGGCACCACUACUAUGACUGCAAUAUGAUAUACAGUAAAUAAAAUAAGAUUAACAUAUGUUACACGUGAAAUUCUCCUGUAAUGAAUGAACUAAAUGCAUUUCGUUGAGAAGUGAUGUUAGUACAGUUUUUGGUCAUACAUUCAUAUGUCAAGCAGGGAGUAGGACAAAACAGGGGUUAAAAGGGAAUUUUCAUAUUGGGCAAUCAUGGUCAACUAGUCGGUUCUGGUUUUAAUCUUUAAAAGCCGCUGAGCAACUGGUUGGUCAUAUGACGAUGCUGAUGGUCAGCUCUUGGGUCCAAAGGACACACUUCUUUAAAAUGUAGGCCAUCAAUAAAAUCAUUUUCAGUUGGAUAAAAACAAGAAUAGUGACUUUUCAAUGCACGAUACACAUAUUAUGGGGCUGCAGUCUGCAGAGUUAAAUUGUCACCAUAAAUAAGUGAGCUCUUUUCUUAUUGCCUAUUACCACAAUAGUCACUGCACGAGUUGCAUCCUGUCAGUUUCUUUUUUUUACUCCACUUUGCUUAUUUUGUUGGGAGAGGCAUGUUAUUCACGGAGAUCAGAGUAGUCUUUUUGCACUGGGUUUUUUAAACAUGAAAAACAAGCAUACUGAAUAUUCACACCUAAGAACAAGUACAUUAUCAGCGCUGCGGGGCUAGGUACUAGCAUUUCAACAACCACUAAUAGGAUGCAGGUUAAACAGUGACAUUGUCUCAUUUCAGCUACUCACAAUACAAGUUUAAGUCCUAAAUCUGCCUCACACACUUAUUAAACACAUCUAGAGUGUCAAAUGUAGGGCUGUCUUCCACUAAGAUUUUCACAGUGGAAUCUGAUUCGUAAGAUUUUGUCUGUAGUCGACUACUCGUCAAAUGUCUUUUAUGUUUCUAGAGCACAGCUAAUGGGGGUCCCUACAAAUAAACAGAGGUGUGGACUCCAUGCACAGUUUUGAUGACUUUGGACUCGACUUGACAAUAUCAUCAAAGAUUUGUAACUCGACUUGGAAUUUGACAUCAGUGACUCGGGACAUGACUCAGACUUUAGUUUGAUGACUUGAAAAUACUACAAAUGUGUCCCCAUUCAAAGUAAUCAACUAACGUGGCUCUUAUUAUGUCAUUUCCAGAAAGACAUUACAUUUUCCCACAGAAUCUGCCCCACUGAAUGCAUCUACGAAUCAGGUUAAAGAACAAACAACAAGGGUGUGGCUUACAUUUCUGUGAGCCGCAGCCUGUCGGAGGGUGGCAGUGAUUAACACCGGGACGCGUCAACAUGCUCCCGAGGAGAAUUUCAUUUUCAUUUGCAAAUUACGAGGUUCAUUUUAAGACCUGUAAGAACUCAAAAAUUUCAAGCCUAUGACUUCGGACUUCACUCAUUCUGUCUUAUCUUGACUUGAGACUUGACUUGGACUUGAAAAACGCUGACUUUCUGCCACCUCUGCGGAAUAAACAAGUCUCAUCUGCGGCUCACCUCAAAGGCUAAAACACUCAGAUAAAGAAAUAAACAUGGUAGGUGUGCAACCUGCUUUUGUUUAGUGACACAGAAAGCAAGGCGAACUAAAUGGAAACACGGUGGUUUUCGGCAAGUGGGCACAUCACACAUCAGCAAAGUGCACAUCAAAUAGGAACAUCGUGGCUUGAAAAAAAACAACUUGCCAAAACUCUUCUUCCGAGACAAAGCUCACCGGCCAUCUCAUUUACAUAUGUGUUCCACAGUGGAUCAUCACAUACACAUGAACACUAGCUAGCUAGCUAAGAGUUGCACAAUGCGACGUAAACAAAGAAUAAUAGGAGUGUAAAGGUGACUUCAGGGGUGUUAUUUCAUGUAUGCCGCGCUCUAAUGUUAAAAAAUUUAUUUAGAAAGUCACAAACAGGUUUCCUAUGCUGUAACUACUAGGGAUGUCCGAUAAUAUCUGCCACCGAUAACUAUCGGCCCAAUGUUUCCAUAAAACUGUGAUAUCGGCCAACAUCGGCCAACAACCACCCUAACUCUAUCCCAGUCACCCAUGAACACAACCCACCCCAAACCCCAUCCCGACCCCGAACCACCCCAACCAGAACGCAGUAAUAUUGGGUAAAGCAGGCACAGCAUAACUAUUUGAGAAGGGGUGCCCAAACUUUUUCCACUGAGAGCCACAUAGUGAAAAAUGAAACGAUGCAAGGGCCACUAAACUAUACUAAACUAAACUAAAUUAAGUUUUUCCAAAAAUAACAUAAAUCAAGGCACAAGAAACACAAAUGUAUUCUUAUAUAAAAAAUGCAAUACAUGAAUUAUCUACUCAGAGAUGGGUGGAGUAGCCGACAAAACAACUGUACAUAAAUUAUGAUGAACUUAUGGUGAAUGAGAUGUGUGUUCUGCAGAAAAAAGAGCCUUUUUCAAAGGAAAAAACAAAAAAAAAAGUAACAAAUUUUUUUUGACCAAAAAUGUGCUGAAUCGCGAAUGUGCGAGGAUCGACUGCAAUCACAUGAGCACCUACUAUAUGUCUACUAAGUUUAAGGACAACAGAAAAAAACUUGCCAUUUCUGAACUAAAAGCUUUUUCAGUUUCACUUCCUUCCUCUUGUACUGCAAGUCUUGUGUCAUAUUCCGAGAAAGAAGCGGGAGAGAGCGACAGAUGGACUGUUUACGGCGUUGCAAGACAGUGAAGAGCUGUGUGGAAGCCUUUGACCAUCCCAAAAUGGGCUGUCCCUCCCUUAGUAACUCAAUUUUAGAGCUCAAGCUCCAUUUGGCUUCCUCCUGCCCGCAGAGACACACGACUCGACUGUCAUCUGACGACUGCCACCAUGGAAUGAACGCCAUCAUCAGCAAGUGAAGAGUCGUCUGCUCGCUAUGGAGCCGAAAGGAUCUGCUCCGUCCCUGCAGGAUGGACCGCUGCCUCGGAGGAGUCUCGGAUCCAGCUCUGGCCUGCACUAUGGUUCGUUUGUGAACAGCCUUUCUUCACUCACACCCAAACUGGACGAGAGACCUUCCCCAUCGCACAGACGAGCCUAUGUCGCGGUGGCCGUGCUCUGCUACAUCAAUUUACUCAACUACAUGGAACGAUACACAAUAGCAGGUGUCCUGCUCAACAUUCAGACCUUCUUUGAUAUCAGUGACAGCACAGCAGGACUUCUGCAGACAGUUUUUAUCUGCAGCUUCCUAGUGGCGGCCCCGCUCUUUGGUUACCUUGGCGACCGCUACAACCGGAUAUACAUCAUGGCUGGUGGUUUGAGUGUGUGGCUUGUGACUGCAACUGGCAGCUCUUUUGUCACUCAGUCGUAUUUUUGGCUUCUGGUGCUGUUACGAGGCCUUGUCGGGAUAGGAGAGGCGAGCUACUCCACUAUCGCUCCCACCAUCAUCGGGGACCUUUUCACUGGCACACAACGGACCAUCAUGAUCUCUGCUUUCUACAUCUUCAUCCCUGUUGGAAGCGGUCUUGGCUACAUCGCAGGGUCAUCAAUAGCCAGCCUCACUGGAGACUGGCACUGGUCUCUCAGGCUCACUCCCAUUUUUGGUCUCGUUGGGCUUAUUUUACUGGUGCUCUUAUGCCCAAACCCAUCCAGAGGUGCUGCGGAAAACAAUGGUCACGGUGUUCAUGACCAGAGCUCCUACCUGGAGGACGUCAAGUAUCUUCUGAAAAAUAAAAGUUACGUGUGGUCAUCUCUGGGUGUAACAGCAAUGGCCUUCCUUACUGGAGCCCUGGCUUUCUGGAUGCCCACCUUUCUGUUCAGAGCUCGGGUGUCUCAGGGACUCCUCCCCCCGUGCUCGAAAGGGCUGUGCAACUCCACGGACAGUUUUAUCUUUGGCGCCGUCACGGUGGUCUCAGGCAUUCUCGGAGUGUGUCUUGGCACUGGUCUGUCCAGAUUCUUGAAGGACAAAGUGUCCAAUGCAGAUCCGCUCAUCUGUGCUGGAGGAAUGCUGGGAUCUGUCCCCUGCCUCUUCAUCAGCAUCUUUGUGGCAACGGCAAACAUUCCUGCCACCUAUGUCUUCAUUUUCAUAGCUGAAGUGCUGCUAUCACUGAACUGGUCCCUUCUGGCUGAUAUGCUACUGUAUGUUGUUGUCCCGACCAGAAGGGCCACAGCGGAGGCUCUCCAGAUUACAGUCUGCCACCUUCUUGGGGAUGCCGGGAGUCCUUACCUAAUAGGAACGAUUUCUGACGCCAUACACAGAUCCAAGCCGGCGUCCGUCGACUGGAGCUUCCCUAGUUUACAGCACAGCUUCCUGCUCUGCCCUUUUGUUGGGAUCCUUGGGGGAAUUUUCUUCCUCAUGACGGCUCUUUACAUCAAUAAUGACAGAAGAGCAGCUCUGCAGCUGGUUGAAGGAGAUCCUCCCCUGCAAGGUCCUGCACCCGAGCCCACUGUGGACCUGAACAAUGCGCAAAAUAUAUAAAUAUAUAACGUUGGAUCAAUGCAGUUCGGCAUUAAAUCUAUUUUUUAAUUUAAGGCAAAAUCUACGAAUGUGGUGAUUGGUGUUUCUCUCAAAAGCGGUUCUUUCUCAUCACACGCACGCACGCACCAGACCAAAUCUGAACAAACUCUUUAUCUUGCGAUUAAAUCAACACAAAAAGAAUCUCAAAAUGUAAGAAAUGAUGACGUGUGAUACACGAUCAGAUCUACAGUACAGGAUCACGCAAAAGGGAGUACAACCCUCACAUUUCAGGAACAAUAAAUCUUCUCAAAGGACGAUAUUAUGGACAUGAAACUUGGAUAUAGUUGUCCCUGGCUACUUUGCAGUUCGAAUUUUGCGGCUACAGUCUAUUAUGGUUAAACUCACCUACCGCUUGCAGUUCAUGCGAGACGCGGUUUUAUUCACAGCUCCUCCACACGCAAAGUUGUGUGCUGCAGUGAAAUGCGUCCAAGUGGAAACGUUAGUUAGGCUGAAGUAAAGUUCUGCACCACAGAGCCGCGUUUGUCAAAAGUGACCAAAGGUGGCAACUUUUCACAGCGUUGUACCCUUUCAGACAUCUAACAGGAAGUCAUGUACCCACUACUCCUAUAGACUUGAAAACACAACAUAAACUCCACAAUGAAACAUCUCAUCCAUCUAUAGAGUUGUUGUAGUAUUGCGGUCACUAGGCAUCAGUACUGUUAUAAGACAUGACGUUAUUUUACAUUACCUUUCGCACUGCAUGGAGACUGGCCGUGGAGUGGAGAAAAGGUGCUCAUCCCGUUCUGUGUGGAAAUGGUAAGACUUCUUUUUCCUUCUUACUGUUUGAAACACUUUCUUACGUUUAGAACAAGUAUAAUGGAGAGGCUAACUAGUUAGCUCGAUAGCUUGCUGUGCUAGGCGGCAGCCGUCUGUUAUGUCCCAGCAGAGAUCCCGUAGCCUGCACAAUGUGACGUAAACAAAGAAUAAUAGGAGUGCAAAAGUGACUUUUGGGGUGUUAUUUCAUGUCUACAGGGCUGUAAUAAUGUUAGAACACAUACUUAGAAAAUCAUAAACAGGUUUUCUAUACUCUAACUUCAAAAAUAUUGUGUUGAAUCAUACUAUGCUGAAACUCACUUGUCGUAAUUAACCGCGAAAAACGAGGGACGACCGUAUAACAUCAUGUUUUUUAUUUUUCAAUUUUGCACACAUAGGCUACUAAUUUAAAAUGAAGAGGGUUGUAGAGGGGUAAGAUACCUCCUGGCAGGCUUGCCGUCUGCUUGGUGAAUUCUUUAUAACAAGUGGUGGCAGCUGUGGUAAGAUGUGAUGAACUGUGAUCUUCGUGCUCUUUUGCUGUGCUUUGGUCUGCAGCAACAUGGAAAUAAUCAGUACAAUGCAACUAAUGUUACACGUAAAUGUUAUCAUAAAUAAUUAUGAAAAUAAAGGCACAUAACGUACAGACAUCAAUAAGGAAAUGAAUUCAACACGAGGCUUAUUACUGAGUCAAAUGGACAUAUGAGCACACACAGCAUGAGAUUAUGCACCAAGCAAAAAUGCACAGCAGCACAAAACUAACAUGAUCAAACCUCACCUCAGUGCAUUUACGCACAGCAUUAACAUUUGUGAACACGGAUGAGGUGAAAGGAAGAAUAGGAAACACAUGUCUGUCUGUGCAGCGUCGGAGAAAGUCAUACACAUAAAGUCUCAAUCUGAGUCACACGGCUAUGGCGUACGCGUCUAAGGACCACCGAACAAAGAUGCCCGAAGAAGAAGACACAUUAUUUGUGAAAGCAUAAAUUUACUGACACGUGCAAACAGGAGGCUUUCUAAUGUUGUCUGUGGAUCCAGUCAAAAAACAAAUGACUCAUACAGCUCAGAAAACACACUAAUUAGUCGCAGCACACGACACUUUGAAUGCAUAACGUCAUCAUCAAACGUACUUAUUUGUUCAUCUAACGCACACACAUCAAUGAACAACUUCAUGCCGUCACCUUUCUUCUGCACUGCGCUACUUACCUGCUGUGGCUGUUCACGUGAGACUUCCUAGCGCAUUAUGCAAAUCUCAGUGUUUUUAGUGCAAAUGUAGUCAAGUAGUUUUUAAUUUGUAUUCACGUACCCCCCACGUAUUAUCCCCUCAAAAGAACUCAACACACAAUCUAUGUCAAAACUGCUGGUAACAACAGUAAGUACACCACAAUGUUAAAAUGUACAAAUUGGGCCCAAAUAGCCGUUUUUCCUCUGCGGUGUCAUGUGACUCGGUAGUGUUACAAGGUGUCAUGUGUGAACGGGGAGCUGGUUAAAUUUGGUGUAAUCGCUCUCACGCUCUCUCAUACUCGUCACUGGAAGUUCAACAUGGCACCUCAUGGCAAAGAACUUGUUUUGAUAUAAUAAGACUUGAUAUGAUAGAAUAUUGUUUAAAUCUCUGUUGGGCAUCUCUGUGUGUGGAGUUUGCAUGUUCUCCCCGUGCGUGCGUGGGUUUUCUCCGGGUGCUCCGUCUGCACAUUCCAAAAACAUGCAUGUUAGCUUAACUGGCAACUCUAAAUUGCCCAUAGAUAUGAAUGUGCGUGUGAAUGUUUGUUUGUCCAUAUGCAUAAAUUAUCAAGAGUAACAAUGUUUUGUUUAUCAGAUUUGAGUUACAUAACUUUGAGGGGGGCUUGAGCCCCCCAAAGAAGUUCCAAAACCCCACUACAAUCAUAGCUUCUUUUUUUUUGGCGUGUAAGAAAUUAGUUCAGGCAUGCACUUUUCACGCAAAACCAGCGAGAAUGAACAAAACAAAUAAUAAUACACGUUGUUAUUGUUUGAUUAAAAUGACCACGUGGUAACCAGGUGCUUGACAGAACUACUUGUGCUCUCACAUAAGAACAGCAACAUAACUACGUACUGUCUAGUUACACUGAAAAAAACAUGCACAGUUACUUCCUGUUCAGUGCAAAAUAAGCUUCAAAAUAAAAGGAUGGCUGUAUUAACCUGGAUUGCUCCUUGUCUGUGUAAUGUUGACCUACGUGUACGUUCCUAGAAACGCUGCCUACUGGGUAAGCACCCCCAUCUUUCAGUCCGAGUGACGUCCAUGGUCAUAUUGUAGUCCAUUCAUUUCUACACCAUCAUCACAUUUUCUUAUCUAAAUGACACUCUUGAAUUUCCGCUGACACCCAUCAAAUGCUUCAGAACCCCCUUUCCUUGAAAAUGCUGAACAUCAAGAAAUAAUCUCCAUCUAUGCAAAAAAGGGAGCCCUUAAUGAGAAGCAGAUGGAGCUCAGGGUGGAGCAUUGUGUGCAUCUAUUGUGGAAUUAAUU